CUACAUGGCCAGGGCUGUUAUGUUGCAUUAUUAAUGGAACAACUCAGUUGCAACAAAGAAAAUGAAGCGAACUGCGACAAUAUUUGUACAGGUGAGAGGAAAGAAAAGGAGAGAGACACAAGUUUCAUCCGGAAGGUCAGCUUCAUCCGAGAAUCAGUAAGUGACAGCAGAGUGCCGGAAAGGAAAUUCAGUGGAGCACCUGACUCCAAACGGAGUAGCGUGCCUUCACAAGAGACUGAGGUUGAGCAUGGACAAGCUCUGAGCAGUCCCAAGGUGCCCAAAAAGUUCAUCUCUACAUGGCGUCAAGCUUGUGACAGAACCAAGGAUCGGACCAAGGAGCUGCUGAAGAGGUGGAGGACUCUCCCCGAGGGCAACGCAGAGAUGAUGGCAGCAGGAGCCUCACAGCUGCAGCCCCAGACUAACACUGACAACCCUCACAACUGGAGCGUUCAUGUGUGGGCAUCUUACAUUAAAAGAUAUCCUAGUGAAGAUGAGAAUCUUAUGUCAUUUGAUGAGAAUGCACCUUCCACAUUAAACCUUUUAUCCUCCACACAAAAAGAAAAGAUGAGCCAUUUCUUUUCACACCUGCUUGACAGUGACCAAGAUGACCUCAUAUCUGAACAAGACUUUGACAAUUUUUCUGAGAAACUGAGGAGAUAUGCAGAUUGGUCAACGAACAGUCCUCAGUUUCUCAUCAUGGUCCAAGUACAGCAGGGAUUCCUUGACACCUUCUUACCAACUGAUCCAGAAAUAGAAGGAGAUGAUGUCUCAGAGUCCUGGAAACGCUAUGUCAGUCUAGAAGAGUGGCUCAGCACAUGGGGCAUGUUGGUGUCCAAGGCUACCAACCUUAAUGACUUUCCGCUCUGGUUGCAUUACCUUCCUAAAAUUCUUUUCCAAGCAAUUAACAAGAGUGGGAGUGGAAUCAUAUCCAGGGAUGAAUUAGGCUCGUUCUAUUCGUCCAUACUGGGCUACACCACACAGCGAGUGGGUGAAAUACUUGAUGAGGCUUUUAACUCCCUCACUUCAAAUGGUGACCACCCCAUAUCAUACUCUGUAUAUCGCUUGGUCUUCACCAACUUCCUUCUAGGGAGGUAUCCCAAUGGUCCAGGCCAGUACCUGUUUGGCUGUGUUACCAAGAAACCGGACUGCUUCCCCAUUGACUACAGCGCUCUCAACUGUCAGCCCGAGGACCGAGAACACUACACUCCUGACAAGAAGAGCAAUCGCGUGUCCAUUGUUGUUUAGAUUUCCCUUCAACUCAAAGAGAAGAUGAAAUCUCACGAAUAACGACCCUGAUAAUUUAACUUGUAAAUGUUUCAAAAUUUACUUUUAACGUUUGGCUAAGUUUAAAAUACUGAAAAAUCUGAUUUCAUCUUUAGCCUGGCAAAACAAAAAUAGUUUGUUAAGAUUUAAGAUUGUGAUAUCUAAAUAAAUUAUUGGUUAUGUGUAAUACUCAGAAAUUCUGAAAAUUAUAUUUACAGCCAUAUUAACAAUAUUUAUAAUUCCAUUUUGCAACAUAAAUCAAUGAGAUCAAAAAGUGUUUGUCUAUGAAUGUACUCUUCCUCAAAUCACUGAAUGUAGGAAUUCAAAAUUCAGAAAAUGUGUGGAAAUUUAAAAAGAUUUGUUUCUUAUAAUAUGGUGCAUAAUAUGAGUGUUGCAGACUGUUUUACAGA